GCGAACUUCACGACUUCUACUAUAUCACCCCACCCCUGCAAAGUCAUCAACCCACCCGGUUUCCGUCCUUCGGUAUAUCUCGAAUCGAUUUCAAAUAAUAUCGCGAUGGCAACGGGCCGCGAUGUUCGUGAUAUGCUGGGGCUGCCAAUGGGCGCAGGUGCGGGAGAGCAAGCCAAGGCCGCGAAGAAGUCGAAAACAACAGGCGGCGUGAAGCGCAUGCAGGGUGUUGCGCGCGAAGUUGCGGCGCUCUACGGUGAGAGACCGCCGCCCGUCGCAGUCUACGAAGAGGAGAAAACAUAUCGCGCCAAACGACAGAACACUGGGCCGGCUAAAAAAUGGGUACAACAGGACUUUGUGAACCAAGCACGCAACGACGGUCUCGUUCUCAAGCAUUGGCGGCGAAAACAUGCACCUGCUCCCCCGGUACAAGACGGCGAAGAUACGGCGAUGGAGGAGACAGACAUCACUGGCCCGUAUAUUGAGAAUUGUGGAGAUUUUAACAAGUACAACAUCUCGGUGGACCUUCCUACAUUUUCGGACGAGGAGUAUGAGGCGCAUCUACGGAGCAACGAUUGGAGUCGCGAGGAGACGGACUACUUGUUUGAGGUUGUGAGAGACUACUCGUAUCGUUGGGCAGUGGUUUGGGAUCGUUACGACUAUCAACCAGGAAACAACUCGGCUCUGUCGCAAGAAGGAGUGGAUGGAGACGAUGGCAAUGCUCUGGCUGCGAUGCCUUUCGCACCGCCCAAACAGAGAAGCGUGGAGGAUCUCAAAGCCCGAUUCUACGAUAUCUCGGCGAAGCUAAUGAAGCUGCGAAUACCGGAGAUGCAGAUGGACGCCGAUCAAUAUAGCACCUACGAGAUUCUCUCCAAGUUUGAUCCUCUAUUGGAACGGAACAGAAAAGCACUGGCUUCCGCGCUCAUGAACCGCAGCAUGGAUGAAGUGAAAGAAGAGGAAUUUCUCCUUACAGAACUCCAGCGCAUCAACAUGGCCGCCAACCGUCUCGAUGCCGAACGCGAGGAGCUCCGCGCCCGCCUGGACGCUCCGGCGCCUAAUACGCAAAUUGCUGCCGGCCUCCAGUCCUUCACUUCCAGCCAAGCCCUGCAAACGCUCUUCUCCCAACUUUUUCAACAAGACCGCAGCAAGAAACGCGCCUCAGGCGGCGGCUCUGGUCCUUCACGUCUUUCCCUCAACACAAACGACCUUGCGCAAACCCCCGCCUCCACUGUCCCUGGUCCCAUCUCCGCCGUCAACCGCCGUCAAUCCAUGGCACUCCCACAAUCUGCAGCAGCGCAAACUCCCGUCCGCACAUUACCACCACAACAAGAGCGCCGCUACAAUGUGUCGACGCACGACCGUCUUACGUCCGGUGUCUCCUUUGGUGCCGACAGGCUGGUUAAGAUGCGGCAGGCGAAGAGCAACGUGCAGACACAGAAGAUCGCCGCAGCACUGCACGAGCUCGGGGUUCCCGAUUUGAUUCCCAUACCGACGAGCCGUGUGGGCGAAGCAUUCGAAUCACUCAUUGGCAAAGUGGGCAAGUUGCUAGAUGUUCGGAAAGUGAGGGAAAAGGAAGAAGGCGAGAUCCGCGUCUUGGAAGCCAUGAAGGAAGCCAAAGGCGGCUCCAGCACCUCCAGCAACAACAACGCAACAGCAACAGACGACAAGAGAUCAACAUCCAUCUCCGCGCCCCCCGCCGACCGUCGUUCCUCAACUGCUGCUCCCGCAUCUACCCCCAAGACCACUACCAACAAUGGUACCACAACGUCAACCAGCAAACGAAACGAAAUCCCAGACUCAAACCCCGCCUCCCCCCUCGACAACGAAUCUUCCACCCGCCGCACCUCGCGUGACCCGACCACAACCACCAACCCCGACGAAGACGACGACCAAGACGACGACCAAGACGACGAAGAAGACGACGUCGUCGACAUUGAUACCUCGCAUCCUCGCGACAACGAAGAAGACGGCGAUGACGAGGACGCAGAAGGCGAAGAGGAGAGCAGGCAGCCUAGCGAGGCGCCGGCACAUGUCUCAACCCAGCAGCAACAGCAGCAGGGGAGGAAGAGGAGCGCAAGUGAAUUCAGUGCUGGGAGUGCGAGUGUGGGGAGUGGGGUUAGUAAGAGGGCGAGGAAGUGA